AUGACUACUACCACCACAACCGCCAAUGACAAUAUCAACAGCAACACUACCUCGUCCCCGCUAUCCUAUACAUCCCUGAACACUCGAGUGCCAAAUGUCAACAAAAAAUCAAAAACCCUCAUUCAAGGGAUUUCCAAACAACGAUUCCUAGCUCUCAAACCACGCCCUUCACAACAUGCUUCCAUCACCUUUAUACAAAAUCAAUACGAAGAAGGUAUUGGUAUCACAUGUGUCAAUUUCCAACACAAAAACGCAGCCAAACACAUUUCCAAACAUGACAUGAUCAAAGUAUUGCAUCUCUCUCAAAUACAAGCUUGUAAAAUUCUCAAUUGUUCCAUGUCCACUCUGAAACGAAAGUUUUAUCAAAUGAAAACAGAAUUGGGAUGGACAAGUGGCCUCAAUAUUUUCAAGACGUGA